AUGAAGGACUAUUACUCGGUCUCCAUGCCGCGGUACGCCAGGAGGUGGAGAGCCGCGCGCACCGUGCACUUUCCCAACGACGUCCUCUUUCAGGACCACAUCAAGCAGGGGGACCUGGAGCAGGUGGGCAGGUUCAUCCGUACCAGGAAGGUCACUUUGGACACCAUCUACCCCUCCGGCAUGGCGGCGCUGCACGAGGCCGUGCUCACCGGGAACCUGGACUGCGUCAAGCUCCUGGUCAAGUACGGAGCCGACAUCCACCAGAGGGAUGAGAACGGCUGGACGCCCCUGCACAUGGCGUGCACAGCCUGGCAGUGCGUGGAGCGCGACCUGCGCAGCCAGAUGGGCUCGGAGCGCGGCCUGGUGGAGGAGUAUGUGGAGAAGAUGCCCAACCCCAGCCUCAAAGCAUUUAAACCCGUUGACUUGGGGGAUCUGAAGAGGAGGAACACACAGGAUGCCAAGAAGUCCUAAGGCAGGUCGUCCCUGUGGAUUCGGCUGGUCUCCUAUGGUCCUCGAGCAGAUUUAAUUUGAGAUUUUUUGUGU